UCUUUCCCUUCCGGCGAAACCACCAAUUCGGCAAUUACGUGUUCGAGCGAACUUCUCGUAGUUCCUCCUCUAUCACUCUUACACAUAUUGAUAUCUAUAAUUAUCAGUAUAUAACCGUUCCCUCCUAUAUAAUUUCAAACCUAGCAUUUUCCAUUUUCAAUCAUCUUCACUUUUUCUCCCUCCAGAGAAUGAAACUUCUCCAUCGGUCAUACCGAAAAACCACCACAGCGGCCUCCUCUUUUCAACCUCCAAUCUCGCGAUUCAAUCGUCCCCGUCUAAUUCGCCGGAACCACUAGUCAUGCAUACGGAGACUUCCGCCGCCAACGGCGGCGUUAGAUCUGACAUAGCGAAUCACGCCAACAAACAAUUCCACAAUCAAAGCAGCAACAGCAACAACGGUCGAUCGAGUCAGAGAAGUUCGGCCGCGGAUUCGGUGUCUCGGCUGCCGUCGAUUCGCGAGGUAUCGCAAUUGUUGUGUGAGGAACAAGGGAAGUCGAGGAGUAUUGAUGUAGAUAGAGCAAAUGUUAGGGUUUCUGGUAUUCUUUAUAAGUGGGUGAAUUACGGUAAAGGUUGGCGACCUAGAUGGUUCGUGUUGCAGGAUGGUGUUCUGUCGUAUUACAAGAUCCAUGGACCGAAUAAGAUUGUGGUGAGUCAAGUGACUCAGAAAGGGUUGAGACUCAUCGGAGAAAUGUCGCUCCGGCGAAUCUCUCUUCACAAGGGUGGUAGCUGUAGCUCUCAGCUUCUGUUCAAUCCCAUUGGCGAAGUUCAUCUCAAGGUUUCAUCAAUCUGUGAGAGCAAAUGGGACAGCAAGAGGUUUACAGUUUUUACAGGUACUAAGAUGCUGCAUUUGAGGGCUGAGACGCAAGAAGAUCGACAGGCUUGGAUGCAGGCGUUGCAGUCUGUGAAAGAAAUGUUUCCCAGGAUGUCCAACAGUGAAUUAAUGGCUCCUUUGGACAAAGUUGGUGUGUCAACAGAAACGUUGAGGCUGCGGUUGUUGGAAGAGGGUGUUAGUGAGGCCGUGAUCGAUGAGUGUGAGCAGAUCAUGACGAGUGAGUUUGUUGAAUUGCAGAAACAGCUGAUGCUGCUUAAGCAGAAGAAUUGGCGCCUCAUUGACAUGCUGCAACAGUUAGAGGUACACGUAAUGACUAUGAGAAAACAUCAUGCUAAUAGGAUUUGGGAAUCUUCUUCACUUCCUUCAGGGAGGUACUCUGCACAAUCUAGUGCUUUCCAGUCUCCCAAAAACUAACUACUCCACGGGUGGGGAAUUGUGAUUUCUCUGCUCCUUUAUUUUAGUUUGUAAUAAUGUAAAUUUUUAUAAUUUUUUGUCCAAUUCUUUUGUACAAAUGACCAGAUGGGUUUUGACAUGUGUAUUCUCUCAUUGUAAUUUUGAUAAGUAAUUCAAUGAAGCAAGAUGAAUGUCAAUUGGUGUA